GUUGAGCGUGUUACUUUACAGUACGAUGGUCGGGUAUUCAGAGUAACAACACUGACCAUGACAUUGACAUACACUAGGAAGCUGCACCUCAGCUUGGGGAUUCAAGCCUUCCUUGUGUCAUGGAUAUAUUGCAAGGAUUUGACACGUGCUAUUAUUCCAUUAGAGGAUGUUUUGCUCCUAAAGGAUGAGGCUGACCCUAAAUGUUUCACAAGGACAGAGGAGGAUUUCACGUGCUUCUUUGAGACCACAGACGAAAGGACUUAUGAUUUGUACUACAACACUGGCAAGCUGUCCAGAAAGAAAAAAUGUCCUAUGUCUACCCAGAGGACAACAGAAGGAACGUUUCUCCACAUCUGCUCAUUCCCUUACUUGGACGUCGUCACAUAUGUGGAUACCCACAUUCAAGUGGUGGAGCACAACACCAACAACAGCAUCUGCAUUCGCACCGUCAGUGUGGAAGACCACAUUCUCCUGGAUGCUCCCUUCAAUGUUUAUUUACACCAAAAUGAUAAAGCCGGACAGCUGCAGGUGUCAUGGCUCACCAAGGUGCCAAAAUACUGGGAGGAUAAGGUGAAAUACAGGAUCCGAUACUCCUCUAAAAGAGGGGGAGAGAAGACAAAAGAGGGAACUGAUGGGUGGGAUGACACAGUGGUACUAGCGCCACUCAUCCCAGGGGAGGAGGUCCAAGUCCAGGUUGCAGUCAAGUGUGCCAACAGUGACACUGCAGGACACUGGAGUCACUGGUCAGACUCUGUGCGGGAAAUGGUGCCACAACAUGCAGAUGACAUUUCACUAAAGUGCUACACCUCUGAUCUGCAAACAAUCACCUGCCAUUGGAACGCCAGCAGAUACAGCCAACCAACACUUUUCUACAAAAUGAAUCUUAGUGAGUCUUUGGGCUGGACAGACUGGACAGAGUGUCUGCCUGACAGGAAGUUGACAGACCAUUGCAGUUUUCAGGGAGAUAAGUCCAGAAAAGUUAAAGUCAAACUCAACAGUGCUUCAGGCAAACCCAGCAGAACAUUUUACACCCAAGCGUUCACAAUCCAAAACAUCAUUAAAACAUCUCCACCAGCUCAUCUGAGAGGAUCGCUGGCAAAAGAUCGAUUAUGCUUGAAAUGGGACGCUCCUCGUUUGACUCUGUCAGCCCACCUGCAAUACGAAGUUGGCUGCCAAAUCAGAGAGAGCAAAGCAUGGCUGUUGGUUUCCCUGAAGGGCCCAGCAACAAGCACAUGCCUAGAGAUUCCCUCAAAUAGCCAGUACAGAGUGAAGGUCAGAGCUAAACCAAAUGGAUCGUUUUUUUCUGGCCACUGGAGCGACUGGUCAGAUGUUCUCACAGGAAAAACUCCAGCAGACAUAGACGCUUUGCUGGUGACUUGCAUCCCUGCCGCGCUGCUGAUAACUGCCGUCAUCCUCAUCUCUUUGUUUUUUACUUACUUCCACAAGCUCAAGCAGUGGUUUUGGCCGCCUGUGCCAAAUCUUGACAAAGUCCUUCAGAGUUUUCUCACUGAGACCAAUUCGCAAAAUUGGCACCCUCCCGUCACGGCAAAACAGUACUUUGAGGAGGCCGCUUCUUCUGUGGUGGAGGUCAUGUCUCAGGAUGAGGUCUCAGGAUUGGGUAAGCCAUUCCAGGAAUCUACUCAGCUCCUGUCAUCAGAGCAAGGGCACCACGGCGGAGACCAGGAAGACAGAAGCCCCAGAACAGAACUGAAACUGUUUCCAGAUUAUGUGACACUGAACAGGGAGAGUGUCAUUACUUGUGCCACAGGAAACAAGUACGUCUGUGAGCAGUUUGGGCAGAUAAGAGGCCCGACAACGAAGGGUGAGGGUGAGCUUCUUCCAAAAACAUGUCACUGUUUCUGCACUGAGGACUCUGUUUGUGUUGGUACUUGCUUGGACACUGACCUACUAAACCAUUCCUACUUGCCUCUUUCCGAGCCUGCAGUCAGAGUCAUUGACAAGGUCACUGACACAAGAGUGGCUGGCAACUUCUAUACUAACUUAUCCUUCAGCUGAAUGUAGAGCAGUAAUAGUGGAUCCAAUACGCUGUACAUGUUUAAACCUCAAGAAAGAUCAUACUGGGAAUAGAUCAGUGGAUUAGUUUAUCCAUUUGUACUAUCAGUAUUUUUGGGUGCGGGCUUAAACUAUACUUGUUGGUAAAAUCAUGUAUUUGAAGCACGUAUAUUUGACUGUGUAUUUACAUAUUUUCUUAUAGUAAGUAGGUCUCGUGAAAAAAAAAAUACUUUAGCUUUCAGGUCCUAUGCAUUUGAAAGCAUACAUUACAUGUACAACGGCUUUUAGAAAUUGUUUGCCGACACUGCUGUGUCGUCCAAUAGCCACUAGAGGGAGGAAAAGGGUUGCAAAACAAUGAUUGUCUUUGGUUGCAGUACAGGUUGUCCCUCAAGUCUGGACAUACAAUAUAAACAUAUAAUAUGCAUACAUAAUACACAAAAGUUGAAGUAAAUUAACACUUAUUUAAAUAAUAAUACUUAUAUGAAUGAUUUAAAACACAAUUUUCCAAAUAUGUCAUGAAUGAAAAGUAUAUAUAACAAAUAUAUUACAUAUACAUACUUAAACAUAAACACACACACACACACACAUAUAUAUAUUCAAUAAAAUUACAUUAUAAUUCUAAUUGAAUAAUUGGGCAUUUUUGCAUAGGUGUCCAAACUUUAGGGACAUUGUAUUAAUUUCAUGAUACGUAAGCGUUUACCAAUAUUUCAUGGCUUGCAAGGUCCAUGUAACCUUUUACAUGAGUUGCAUAUAAAGGGAAGAAUGAAAAAAUGGCAAGCAAAAGCUAUUAGUUUAUCAAGUUUGCAUUUAAAUGCACUUUUCUGGCUGUAUUUUUGUCUCUUCUGCUGUAUCUUAUUGUUUGCCAUUGAUUCUGCUUAAUUGUAACCGUUUUUUUGUGCAACUAUUUGGUUAUGGAUUUGUGGCGUAUAAAAUUGAGAAAAUGAAAGGUACAAUGCAGAUUACCUCCUUCUUGCAUUUAAUGUGCACUAUUUCCUGCCUGGUGUAUGUAUUGAACAUAUUGGAAUUUUUGCAAUAAAUAUCAAAUCUAGUGUGUCUAUAAAUGGUUUGGCACAUUUUUAUUACAGCAUAAAUUACAUUUGAGGAGCUCACUCGUAUUAAAAUGAGCUUUCAUUUCCUUGCCACUGGGUGGUGGUAUUGUAUUUAGAUUUUAUUUGAUUUAUUUCUAUGUUGUCAAUUUGUUCACGAGAGUAGGCCUAACAAAGCUAAACCAAUCCUAAAUGUCAUCAAUAAAUACAAGAUAAGACAAUGCAUGCCUCUCUACUUGUGUUACAA